CAGCAGCAAGCAUGGCGGCUGACAUGAGAUUACCUGUUAUCCGAAAACCAGUAUCACUAAUAGUUUCUACUGACCGAAGAGAUCUGGUGGUCCCCGGCGAUGUGAUCACUUCAGACACCGGAUUCAUGAGGGGUCAUGGUACCUAUGUUGAUGAGGAGAAACUAACUGCUUCAGUCGCUGGAGAGGUCCAGAGAGUAGACAAACUAAUCUGUGUCAGACCACUUAAGACCAGGUUCAAUGGUGAGGUUGGUGAUGUGGUGGUUGGCAGAAUAACUGAGGUACAACAGAAACGGUGGAAGGUGGAGACGAACUCCCGACUGGACUCUGUCCUCUUGCUGUCUUCUGUCAAUCUGCCUGGAGGAGAGCUGAGGAGAAGAUCAGCAGAAGAUGAGCUGACCAUGAGAGAAUACCUUCAGGAGGGCGAUCUCAUCAGUGCUGAAGUGCAGUCUGUCUUCUCAGAUGGAGCCUUAUCACUUCAUACCCGCAGUUUAAAGUAUGGAAAACUGGGCCAAGGAGUGCUGGUACAGCUCUCUCCUUCUCUCAUCAAAAGGCAGAAAUCACAUUUCCACAACCUGCCAUGUGGUGCAUCCAUCAUCCUCGGCAAUAAUGGCUUUGUGUGGCUGUAUCCCACACCAGGACAGCAAGAGGAGGAGGCUGGGGGCUUCUACACCAGCCAUGAGCCUGUGAGCCUGUCAGAUCGAGAGGUUAUUUCACGGUUGAGAAACUGCCUGCUGGCUUUGGCUGCGCACAAGGUCCUCUUGUUUGACACCAGUGUUCUUUAUUGCUAUGAAUCUUCACUUCAGCACCAGGUCAAGGACGUUUUGAAACCAGAAGUGAUGGAGGAGAUUGUAAUGCUGACACAACAGAAGCUGUUGGAACAAGAGGGUUAAAGAGCAUGAAUCCAAAACAGUGGCCUCAGAAAUCCAAGAUCACACCAGCAGCUAUGUCAAGGACUGACCACCUACCUACCUGAGGACUGGACUGGUUUAAAACAACAAC